AUGGCGGCGCACGGGACGCUGGACGAGAACAUCCAGCUCACCCGCGUCUUUCGCACGCUCACGAUUGAGAUACCGGAGAAGCGGCUCACGAGAAAGCUCCUCCGACACAGAGCGAGCGCCAGAAGCUACGGGGUCAAUGCGAUAGCUCGGAGGAUGCGAAGCCCAUCGUCAUGCAUAGAGGUCGCGCAACAAGACUAUGCCAGCCUGUUUGCGCGCGCGAUUGAGCGCACGGCGCUCUUUGAGGUCUACGAAAAGCUGGGGUACCCCAAAACCAUGUCCGAAGUCGAAGAUUUGAUGUGGGAAGUCAACGACGGCCUCAACGGCGCCAUCUCGUGGGACGAGUACGAGCGCAGCUUUGAGCGCUGCAAAGCCGACAAGUCGUGUUUGGAGCCCUCCGACUUGUUCUACUUGACGUGCUUUCUCAUGUACGACCGCGACGUCAGCGGCAAGGUGUCGAUGGACGAUGCGAUGCACAUUCUGUUUCUCAAGCACGGCAACAACAUGGAAGACGAAAUGACCGCGCUCUUUGGGAAGAGCCACUCGGACGACUAUGUGAGUGCGCUCCCGUUUCGAACGUUUGCGGACGCCAUUGACAAGCGCCGAAGUGAGAUCAUCGACCAUUCUGGCUUGACGAACCGACUGCCUGGAAAGAAGGGCGCGUGGAAAGGCUACCAACAAUAACGCGAAAUCGCUGACCAUCGACGAGUUGGGUGCAUA